UCAACAUCUGCAGGUUCAGUCAGACUUGCUACGGAAUAUUACUAUCAGCAACGCCCACGGACUCUAAAUCGGUUGGUCUACUGUGACGCAUCGACAUCUACAUCUACAUUUACAUCCCAAGUCUAAGUGCAUCUGAGGACAAUCGAAUUCAACUGCAUUUUUUGUCAAUCCUACAGUCAAGAUGUGCAUGAAGGCUAUUUGCUCGACUUGUAAAAAAACCUCCUGGUAUGGCUGCGGCCUCCACAUUCCCUCCGUGAUGGACCGCAUCCCGGACGCAGAGCGCUGCACGUGCGAGCCCAAGGUGGAGCGCGACGGGAAGGAGUAUCCGCCCAAGGCGGCGGCUCCGGGGGGUGGUGACUAG